UGUAGUAUUUUUAGCUUCAUUCCUUCUUUUGCUCAGAUCAAAGUCUUCUUCUCUCUCUUUCCUCCUCUGCACAUUUCUGGGUUCUCUUCUUAUGCUCUGUUUCUUUAAAGACACAGAAGAGAGAGUACAGAGUUGAGAUUUUCUUAAAGAAAGUGAAAAAGAAGAAACAAGUGACAGCUCAAACGGACAAAAACUAGUCUUGGGUCUUUCUUGCUUCUGAUUCUUUCUCACCUUCUUCUUCUUCUUCUCUAAAAGAAGAAAACAUCUACAAGCUAAAAAAAUGUCGGAAGGAGUAGAAGCGAUAGUAGCAAAUGACAACGGAACAGAUCAGAUGAACGGAAACCGUACCGGAAAAGACAACGAAGAACACGACGGCUCCACCGGUUCUAACCUAAGCAAUUUCCUCUGGCACGGUGGCUCUGUCUGGGACGCUUGGUUCAGCUGCGCAUCUAACCAAGUGGCUCAAGUGCUAUUGACAUUACCGUACUCGUUUAGUCAAUUAGGGAUGUUAUCAGGAAUAGUACUUCAGAUCUUCUAUGGUUUACUCGGAAGCUGGACUGCUUAUCUCAUCUCUGUUCUCUACGUCGAAUACAGAGCUCGUAAAGAAAAAGAAGGCAAAAGCUUCAAAAACCACGUCAUUCAGUGGUUUGAAGUACUCGAUGGAUUACUUGGUUCAUAUUGGAAAGCAGUAGGACUCGCAUUUAAUUGCACUUUCCUCUUGUUUGGAUCUGUAAUCCAACUCAUUGCUUGUGCCAGUAACAUUUAUUACAUAAACGAUCAUUUGGACAAGAGAACAUGGACUUACAUAUUUGGCGCGUGUUGUGCAACCACUGUUUUUAUACCGUCGUUUCAUAAUUACCGAAUUUGGUCAUUCCUUGGCCUUGGUAUGACCACUUACACCGCUUGGUACUUAGCCAUUGCCUCCAUCAUCCACGGCCAGACGGAAGGUGUGAAACACUCAGGUCCAACAAAGCUAGUGCUUUAUUUUACCGGAGCCACAAAUAUUUUGUACACCUUUGGAGGUCACGCGGUUACUGUUGAGAUUAUGCAUGCUAUGUGGAAACCACAGAAGUUUAAGUACAUUUACUUGAUGGCGACGUUAUACGUUUUCACACUAACUAUUCCGUCCGCUGCCGCCGUUUACUGGGCCUUCGGAGACGCACUUCUCGACCACUCCAACGCGUUCUCUCUCAUGCCCAAGAACGCGUGGCGUGACGCUGCUGUUAUCCUCAUGCUCAUUCAUCAGUUUAUAACCUUCGGGUUCGCAUGUACACCGUUGUACUUUGUGUGGGAGAAAGUGAUUGGGAUGCAUGACACAAAGAGCAUUUGCUUAAGGGCUUUGGCUAGAUUGCCUGUUGUUAUACCGAUUUGGUUCUUAGCUAUUAUCUUCCCCUUUUUCGGUCCCAUCAAUUCCGCCGUCGGUGCUCUUCUCGUUAGCUUCACCGUCUAUAUCAUCCCCUCCCUCGCUCACAUGCUCACUUACCGAUCUGCCUCCGCUCGUCAGAAUGCGGCGGAGAAGCCACCGUUCUUUAUGCCAAGCUGGACGGCGAUGUAUGUGUUGAACGCUUUCGUGGUGGUUUGGGUACUUAUAGUUGGAUUCGGGUUCGGUGGAUGGGCUAGUGUAACCAACUUUGUUCGUCAAGUCGACACUUUUGGUCUCUUUGCUAAGUGUUACCAAUGUAAACCAGCUGCAGCCGCUGCACAUGCUCCGGUCUCCGCUUUACACCACCGUCUUUGAGAGAUCGAGUCAGGGUUCUAAUGCUUUUGUGGAGGGUUCUUAAAUUAUUUGUUCUUCUUUUGUGUUUUGUGUUCGUAUACGUGAGGGAGUAAAAGUCACGAAAAUAG